AUGGAGCUCUCCCGGCAAGAAUACCCAGCGCUGCUGGCUACUCUACAUCCCAGUCAAGCGACAACGGUCCUCGGCGAUCGCAUCCGGCUCAUAAACAGGAUCAAUUCAGACAUUGCAGACUAUCUCCAGGAACGUCGUCGCGUGGAAGAUGCAUACGCCCAAAGCUUGCGAAAGCUGGCGCAUCGGCCACAGCUGGAAAAUGGCGCUGCACUUGGAAUCUUCCAAAUUCCCUGGCAGCGCAUCCUCAACUCCACCGAAGCGCUCGCUGUGUCGCACGAGACUCUGGCCACGAAGAUCGAAGAAGAUGUGGAGCGCCCAUUGAGGGAAUACAGCAGCAAGAAUCGAGACAUGCAGUCAAUGCCUGGGAUCCAGAGCAACCUUGCGGGACUGGCCAAGAACGUGGAGACUGCACAGAAAAAGGUGGAAAAGGCUAAGGAGAGGGGCCCGAAAGGUGCGGAGAAGCUGGCCAGUGCGAUCACUGCUGCCGAAGAAGUCAAUCAGCAGUGGGAAUCGAGGGCACCCUAUGUCUUUGAACAACUCCAGGCGGCCGACGAGGGCCGGCUCAACCACCUUCGGGACGUGCUCACACAGCUCGAGACUCAUGAGGUGGACCAGGUUGAGCGUGGUCGUCAGGCCGCUGAGAGCUGUCUGAACGUCCUCCUCAAUGUUGAGACUGCAGACGAGAUCAAGACAUUUGCCGCGAAGAUGACCGGCAACCGGGCGCCUUUGUCGCCGGCCUUGUCGAGGAGGCAGACCGAGACACCUCCUGCCGUAAUGCCUCGAGCUGCGACAGCACCGGUUGCGACACCAGCUCCAGCGCCAGCGGCAGCACCCUCCCACCGCUACCGGCCCAGGAUGAUGCGGCCAGCCAGCGAUCGGAGCCAACAGAGCGAGAGAGCAUUGCGCAAACACCGCCAGCCGCGACACACUCCGUUAGGAGGUCUGCGGCGACUCGGCACGGUGAUGAACAGGCGAAAGAGUGUCGUGGGCCCUUCAGCUGGAAGCUUCGAAAGAAAGGCAGAGAAGAAGCAUCGCAACCCGUUUGCCCCCUUCAAGAGGAGUGAUUCCGCGCGUGAUAUGCAAAUACCCGAAUCUCCUCCUGCGUCGACCUCGGAUCGUCCCGGCACAUCUUUGACCGAGGAAGAUUCCAUGCGAAACCCGAGUGUGUCACAGGAUCGUAAUGCCCCAGAGACCGUUGCUCCCAUUCCUGCGGCUCAAAUAGACUCAACCCCGAAUGGUGCUUCCCCAGAGCCCUCAACUAGACUUGCCAGCGGCGACGUCAAUCAGCGGCAUGUCGAUUCCGAAGGAUACAGUGAGCGACCUUCGACGAUUGAUGAGAUCACGCGCGCACAGAGAGAAGCAGCAGGCCUGGAUGAAUCCAACGUGAACUUGACUAUUCGAGACCAGCCCAUCUUUGAAGAUGAAACUCAGGCCCAGCAGGCGAUGAAUGACAUGGCGAAUACCCUCCGAUUGCAAGCUCAGAACACUGGUGGAAUUAGACGCAAUGCAGGUACUAUCCGUGGGCGUCGCGAUGUUCGAAACACAAUGUUCUUCCCCAACCCUAGCACUGAGCUGCCCCCACCCCAAGCAGCACCGGAGCUAUAUGCACCCUCUUCUCCAGUCAGGCACACUGCGUCCCCCAGUAAUGCGACGGAGGAUCAAACUGUUUCUGACACUACAUCCAUCCGCUCGGGACACACCUUGCACGGACCGGGACCUGCGAUGCACCCCGAGCUCCAUGAGCCCGGCCUGAAUGCCUCGAUUAUUGAAACUGUCAACGCAUGGUUCUCGGAAGGCACCGUGACCAAAUCCUUUGUGGUUGGAGAGCUUGCACUGGUACAUAAUGCCACGCCCAGUGUCACCACCGACAACCUGCGGGUCCGCCUGGACAACUUCCAGGUGCUUGAGAAGGUUGCCGCCAAUCCUCACUUUGUCCAGGAGACCAUCAAGGAGUCUACUGACGACAAAAGAGGCGAGUAUGAUAUCAAACUAGAUAGCAUCUCCCGCCCCAUGCCGACCGUUGCAUUCAAAUACCAAAUCCACCUGGACGCAGCCAGCCCCUCUGCCUACUGCCCCGUCAUCUUCAAACCUGCGUGGAACUUGGAAGAAAUGCAAGCCAGCGCAAUCAUCUUCUACUCUCUGAACCCGUCUUUCGUCUCCCCCUCAGUCGAGUCAAUUACCAUAAGAAAUCUGGUCCUGACUGUCGGCUUGGACACCGCUGCCGAAGACGAAGCUACCAAGCAACCCCGUGACUCCGUGGCGCACGCCGCCAGCGCCGUCAUGUACCCCAACGCCGGCGCCGCCUUCCGCCGCAAGCACUCUCUCGUGACCUGGAGGGUUCCUGAACUGGAGGUCAAGGCCCCUGGUACUUCCGGUGCCGAGGGCAAGUUCCUGGUCCGCUUCGCGACGGCCACCCCUGGCCCCCGCAAGGGCAACGUCGAGGCCAAAUUCGAACUCCGCACCACCGAAACUGGCGCGCGGCUGGGCAUCAGUCGUGCUGUGUUGGACUCCGCGCAGAAGGAAGUCGACCCAUUUGCUGACAAUGGGUCACCCCAAGCACGGGAAGCGCAACAGUCGGCUGCCACAGCUUGGCAGGAGGUCCCGACGGCGCGCAAGCUCGUUACCGGCAAAUAUGUCUCUUCCUAG